ACCGAGUUUAUAUAGGUGAGUCUCACUCUCGGUUUCGCGCACAGUUUUAUAUUAUAUUCUGAAACUAUAUGCGGCCAAUGAUCAUGUUAGUGCUUUGUCUUCUUAUACUUCUUGUCGGCUUGGCCACGGUAACAGUUUCUUCGGCCGAUCUAGAAUCGAGAUUAGUCAAUGGUGAUGUCGCCACGUACACGGAAUUCCCGUGGAUGGUAUCACUCAGACGAACGACCUCCAAAUCUCAUACCUGCGGGGCUGCGAUCGUAACACCUGACCACGUGAUAACCGCAGCUCAUUGCGUCGCGGACGACGUUCCCACUCCAAUUUCACCGGACGCCCGCUUCGUUGUCACGGGGCAAUUGAGUAACGUAGCGGGGGGUAGAGCCACCGAUGUGGCAGGGGUGCGAAUUCACCCUGAAUAUGACCCAAGUGCCACCUGGCGGAACGAUAUCGCAGUGCUCAAACUCGCCACACCGAUUCCUUUCAAUGCCCUCGAAUUGCCGGUUCCAAUCGCUUCCGCGGACGUAGGGGUCCAACCGUGCAUUCUAUCUGGCUGGGGACGCGCCUACACUCCCGCCUCGGGAUUACCGAGCCGACUGCAGAAGCAAAUAUUAGAGACGAUGACCAAGGAAACCUGCAUCGAGACGUGGGGGAAUAGCUCCAUAUAUGAUUCCACGCUUUGUGCAGGGGGUGUACUAGGAGAAGGCGUAUGCUCGGGCGACUCCGGCGGUCCUUUGGUAUGCAACGGAGAACUUGCAGGUAUCGUCUCCUGGGGUAAUCUCUGCGCAAACGGGCUACCUGAUGGAUUCACACGUGUAUUUUACUACCGAGAUUGGAUUCUGGAAAACAUCGCCGAUGUUACACCUCAGGAAAACAGGGCUGUACUCACAGAUUAAUAAUCAUGAAUACUCGGAAUAUACAAACCUAUACCUGCGCAUAUACGGUCCCUCGCAUUUAUUUGUGCGAAAAAGUCAUUUUGUGAUGUGGCUGCCAAUGAUACCCACCGUUUUCCCAUCGUUCCUACGUAUCCCAAUCUUUUUGAACCUUCGAUCGAAUUUUUUCUAUUUGCAGAAUUUGAAUUUUAUUUGAUUUAUAUAUUUUUCCCACGAAUUUCGGGUAUACGUAUAAUACGGUGUAAUACCACGUCGAGCUUUACCUUCAUAUAAUCACGCGAAAAGCAUGGAUAGAAAAAAAAAAAAAAAAAAAUGGAAUGGAAUGGAAUCUUAAUUAUUUGAAACUUAAUUAUAACCCUCGAAGCAGGGUAUAUUUGAAUGUUUUUUUCGGUGACACCCUUCUGAUACUCAGCUGUCGAUAAUUGUAUAUUAAUUGCUACGAUCACGACACACGUAUAUAUACAACACAUAUAUAACGUAUACAUACGUAAGGUAUGCAUGUACGAAUGAGGGGCAAAGUGUAAUUGCGAUAAGCAUAACCAUACAUAUAAUUACAAUUGUAUAAGCAAUUGAAUGUUGUUUUAGAAUUGUAUGUAGAAUAAUUGUAGUUUAGAAUUGUUUUUUUUCGGUAUGAGUUAAUUUUUUGGGUAGGUUGAUUGGGGGUGCGUAAUAGGUAAUAUGUUCUUAGAUAGUAACAUAUGGAUCGUUGGCGAUAAAACGAUAAGAAGGAGCUAAGUUAACGUCACCACGCGUAGCCAGUGCGUUUGUACGCCGAGGCGUUAUUAACCGAUCGGCAUAUGCAUAGGAGGUAUAUAAGUAGGGCGCUUAGAACGGGGGCACGCAUUUAGCGCGAAGUUAUACCGUAUAACAAACGGAAAACAAUUGAUAAAUAAGGUAAUAACUUUGGACCAAAGAUGGCAAACAAUCUGCAUCGAGUUCUCAUAGCAGUAGCCUUACUGUUUGCGAUUUUUUUUGCGAAUUUCGCCGAGGCAGAAGAGGGUGAUACCAAUGGAUCACCACCAGUGGGUCCCGACGACUCGAGACCUGGCCUUCUUCCCGAGCCGUUGAUAAACUCGAAUAAUUCCACGUGGUUCGAUAUAAACUACAAUGAGAUAAACCCAGGCCUACUUGGGUAUUUGCGUAAUGCUCUUUCAACGCCGAGACAGCUCAUCAGGAGCGCCGUCAAUAUGUUAUUGAAAACUUUCUUCAACCAGUGUCUCCCGUGCACGCUAUGGUCCGCCAUACCGAUACACAUAAAAUGUGAAGACCGCUGCGAAUGAUCUUCACAACUAAAGGGAUCUCGAAUGAGGUGCACCAGGUCAAUCGAAUAACUACACCAUGAAAAUUAUCGUGUUGAAACACUAUCAUCUGAAAAAUUGUAAUUGUUUAACGAAUCAUAAUAUACGAGAUGCGAUUGUACUGUA